AUGUACGCUACAAGACAUUGUACGGUUUCUCGUUCUAUGCUUCUACCAGUCGUACUUUCGAUUCUGCUAAUUCAUCUGGAGAUCACGCAUGCUGUUGCACCAAAGCUCACUAAGCGACAAUCCGCCGGUAUCGUUCGAUGCGUCAAAGCAAGCAAUGUACUUGGUUGUGGAACUUUUGAAUGCUUGAAGAGAACUGACCGUUGCAAGUUAGGGGGACUCGCACUUCUGUGUUCGAAAUUUCAACGGAAAACAUCGAACUUUAAUCAAUUGGGGCGAACGUUUACGAAACAGUCACUGCGAUGCAUGGCCACACAGAUCAAGUCGGAUUUCCAGCGCGCUGGUCGCCAGUGUUCCCAGAUCGAAAACUUCGUUUCUCGUGUCCAGGCUGAUUGCUAUCGCUCCAACAAUGUUUGUCGGGCUGCUAUGUCAAACUAUAAACAUUUUAAACAGAUUCUUUUGCCCAAAGAUAUUUUAACAUCACGGUCUUUCCUGCAAAUGUUUCAAAGCAUACUAAGCUGUGGUGAAGCUGUAACGUUGAAAUUUCGCGACACCGUCACUUCUGCGUUGGGACAAUCUUUCCUCUCAAUGUUGAACUACCUGCAGAAAGGUGCAACUUCUCCGCUAAUUGAAAUUCUGGGCCAAGAAUGGGUUGGCUCGGCCCAGUUCCGAGCGAUCGAAAACGAGGUCCCUGGAAGUUCGCCAAGACAAAGCUAA